GCUUUGAUUGGACCGGUCGCCGAGGAGGAUCGUUCCACCCUCGCCCGGCAGACCCAGGGGCCAAGCGAGAUGACGCAGGAGGUGAUCGCCAGGGCUUCGGUGGUGAUGGGCUCCUGGGCCAAGUGCGACACGGGCCAUGCGGAGGUGGCACUGAAAAG